AUGUUGCACUCGAGCGUAUCUGUCGUCGUCGGGGCAUCCUCGGUGGUCAGAGCGCCCGGCAUUCCUCGUCGCCGAGAAGAGAAAAGCAGUAGGAGUGACGCCGCGAGUAAAGGAUGCGUCAUCGGUCGGUCGUCGUUCGUUGGAAGGUGCUCGACGUCGUCGUCGUCGUCUCGUUCGGAUUAUCUUUCGCACAAGCGGCAGAGGAGGAGUAGGACCAAAGUGAAGACGACGGGCGAGGGCGAAAGGAGUCGCGACGAGAAUGCGAAGAAUAAAAACAGAGUUUGGAACACGACGAAAGGAAUCGCGGAAACCGUGGACGACGACGCGGAAGAAGAAGAAGAAGAGUGCGGAAGCGAAGACGAGGAGUGCCAGGAAAUCGCAGACCACCUCAGGCUGAAAUCCGGGGUGCUCUUGGACGACGUUUUACCGAUCGGGACGCCGAUACAAAAAGUAGCAGUAGAAGAAGGCGAAGGAAUGAGAGUAAACGGAGGAGGAGGAGGCACAGAGGUGAUGGUGGAUCCAAUCGUGCAAGAGCAAGUGGAGCGGGCGAACGAGAAGCGGAUCGAUCGAGGGUUGGGGCAACGCAGAGCGCUGUCGGCGGAGACGAGGUCGAGACCGUUCGUGCCUUUAGGAGGGGAGGUGUUGCACUUGGCGUGGAUGAGAGAGUACGACGAGACUGGGAAGUUUACCAAAGAGGAAGGGGAGGCGUAUCGGGAAACGAUUAAGAGUUUGUUGUCGCACUAUACGACGCCGGCGUGGAAAGUGACGAGCGUUUUGGACGGCGUCGCGAGAGGGUGGUCGGACGUGGUGUUGGAUUUAGGCGCUGGGUUUAAUUGUCGUUUGCAAAGACACUCUGAGUUUGAAACGUUAACGCUGAGUGGUCCCGGGCGAUUGCAGGAUGAAAUUUCGGCGCCGAUUAAACCUUGGAGUUGGUUGUUGCCGACCAAUUGGUUGGCGGAUAUUCCCGGGAAAGUAUUUUUGAUUCAACAUUUCGUAGUCAGGUUAGACCGAGAAACCUUCGCGGAAACGAUAGACAGAGAGACGUUGAAUGGAGAGUGGUUGACGUUGAAUGGAGUGGCGGAUAAAAAUAGUGCGCACGAUCCGAGCGAGAUUGUCGCGGACGCCGGCGUGGUUUCCAACGAUUUACAGCGGUCCCGGUCGUUGUUCGAGGACGUGGACUUAUCGAGCGACGCGAACAGUAGAACGGCGUUGAGACAAUUAGAAGCCGCGAGGCAAGCGUUAGCAUCGAGAGUCAUGUCCAGAGACUCGUCGUAUUUCGAAGACCCGUUGACGACGACGUCGAGUACGAAAGGCGCGUCCAAAGAAACGUUUCGAGAUAGCGAAUUGGAUUGGGAAGUGGGCGCGUUUGCCGGCGCCAGUCUCGGAGACGGCGCGAAGAUUUACGUCAACUAUCAACUCGACGAGGACGGUGGCACGCAGUGUUUAGUCACUGUCCCACCGGGGAAAGAAACUUUCGAUCGCGCCAUGCGUCAAAUCCAACGCUUGACUAUUAUCGAGCAGUAUCGAUUGCUGAUUCUCUCUCGAUUACCGAAAGCCAAAGCAAAACGACAAGCGUUGGCGCAAUUGCAAAUCCAAUACGAUACCGUUUCCUCGGUGUUGAGAAAAUCGAGAGCGUCCAACACGGAUUACCGCAAUCAACAAGAAAUGUUAACGCAAGUCGCGGACCUCGAAUCCGCCGUCGCCGACGUCGUAGCGAAAACGCGCAUGCUCGCGCUCUCCGCUCAAGCGUACCAACAAAUCAUCGAGCUUAAAUUUACCGAAGCGCAGUUGAAACGAUUGAGCUAUAGCGCUCGAUUCCUUCCUCUCUUCGUGAAAAAACGCUUAGACCCGGCGCUAUCCACCAUCUUCUUUGCCUCAGAACAAGCCGAAAUCCUCUCCGCGGCGCUCUCCAGAACGACAAACUUGAUCCAAGCCGCCGUCGAAGUCAAACUCCAACGCCUGAACGAAUCCAUCGCUUUAUACGGUUUAAUCUUCACCGUCGCCUCGGUCGGGUUGGGUUUAUUGCAAGCCUGGAGAAUCGGCAAUUUAGGCUGGCUCAUCAAUUUCACCAAAACGUGUUUCUUAAAGACCAUGGCGUGGAUAUUAUCGAACUUUGGCCAUCUUUUCGAACACUUUCACAUAUACGGGUUGGCGUAA